GAGAAAAUGUGAAAACACAACACAGAAGGAAGAGAGCGGCUGUGGAAGCUGAAGGAGGAAACUCAGAGUCAAACGCCGUAGUUACCGAAACACUUUGUUUCCAAAGACUGAAGAUGAAGUCCUGGUUCUGCUGGAUUCUGAUGCUGUUCAGAAAUGUGUCGACUGACCCAGCUCCACACUACUCCGUCCACCGCACGCUGGUCAGCUUCGAUCAGGCCGCAGAGCUCUGUUCCCCCGCCGGCGUCCUUACCACGCUCGCCACAGAGCAGGAAGUCACUAAUGUCCUGAAGGCGGUGGCCACGGCUCCACAUCGCGGCGAGUUCACCUUCUGGGUCGGGCUGAGGAAGCUGAAGGACGAGUGUGUGGUUCCCACGCUGCCGCUGAGAGGAUUCAAGUGGACAAAGGAUGGCAGCGAGGAAUCUCAGGUGAGCCGCUGGGCCGAGGAACCCAAGUACACCUGCACGUCGGCUCGCUGUGCGGUGCUGAAGGGCGAGCUGGACGGGUUGAAUGUGACACGCUGGGGUCUGAUCCCCGUCUCAUGCAGGACUGGUAACAACUACAUCUGUAAACUCACAAAUGCUGAACAAAAGCCUAAUCAGCAGAAACCUGAUCCUGAACCAGAACGAACUUCACCUGGAGCCACUGAACCUGAUACACAACCUACUAAAGCACAACCUGGUCCUGGUUCUCAGCGAGAACUGGCUACAACAGAACCAUCUAAACCUGCUAAAGAUGCAACACAACAACUGGACAUGAAGCCUAAAACUACACCUGAGCUGCAGGGUUCUGGUUCUGAUCCGGUGGUGGGGUCGGACUCCUGUCAGCCCCCCCACAUCCCCCGCGCCCGCUCCAUCAGUCUGGACCUGGCGAACAGCAGCAAGAUCCUGGUGGAGUGCUGGUCGUCGUCUGCACCGCUGGAGCUGCGUUGCUCGGGCUGGCCGGCAGUGUGGCGUCUGCCGGACGACUCGCCCGCCAACUUCAUCGACAUCUGCGCGUCGUGUGAUGCUGGCUUCCAAAAAGACGCUUCAGGAAACUGCGUGGACGUGGACGAGUGCAGCGUUGGCGGCGGCGGCGGUCCAUGCAAACACAGCUGCCAGAACACGGCGGGCUCCUACAGAUGCUUCUGCUCUGACCAGAGCGGGAAUCUACUCAGCGAGGACUCGCCAGAGUGCGCCGAAGUGGCCACGAGCGGUGUCCUCAUGGUGGCGUUGGCUGCCGUUGCAGCCCUGGUGGUGUUAGUGGUGGUUGUCCUGGUGAUGGUGAAGUGCUGCCUGAUGAGGCAGUCGAAGAAACGUGCCAUGAAGAAGGCAGAGAAGAUGGCAAUGGAGAGCAAGGAUUCAUUUGAAACAGACAAUGAGAAGGCGGCAACAUGAAGGAGUUGUGAGAGUGACAUCAUCAUGUGUUUCCAAAAUACAGAGAGGUGAAUCCGGUUGUGGCUAAAAGGGAUACAGCUACGGCCGGAAGUUAUGCUAAAUUACUCCAAAUUACUCUAAAUCUUGCAAAAUCUAGGCUAAUGUUGGAGCCAUAGUGGAACUUUGUUUCUGUUUUGUUUAUAUACCACGUUCAUCGUGUCAGCAUGGCGUGUCAAUAUGUUGUUUGAUUUGUUUAAAAGAAGAUGAAUGGAACUAAAUGAGAAAUUAAAUGGACUGUAUGACCUGUA